AUGCUGAUGCAGUCGAACGCGGAAACCAAAGGUGACAAACAACCCCAAGAAGUGGUCCGAUUUUUCUGUAUUAUACGCCCACCUAGACUGGGAUUGUAUAAACUGGACAUUUUUGCCAAGCCAUUUCCGGCAAUUCUGGGCCACGUGUGGGGUUCGUUGAAUAAGAACGUGACCGAUAUUAUGAUUGGGAACAUUCAGUUUCACAAUGUCCCCAAAUACCGUGCGACUGUGGACAGUGCUCAUCCGGGUAUUCAGACAAUACGAUGGCCUCGAUUACCCGUAUUGUACGACCUCGUUGUAAAGCGACUUGCCCCGACCAUUCGUGUGAAAAUUCAAAGUUUCGCGUUGUCUAUGCGACAGACUUCAUUUCCUUUCUACGUAUUCNAGACACGAAACCCGGUCGAAGGAAUGAACGAUCAUUCGCCCGGUGACGAUCUCUUUGUGAUGGAUGAGGAUGAAAAUGAAGAGUAUGUGACAUUCACCUUGCGAUUUAUGAAUUUCGGGGAACAUGCGGUCGAGGUCUACGCGGACAGUGGUCAACGUGCUGGCAAGAAACGUCUAUACGAACUGAUCGGCCAAUACUUCUUUGAUAUUCGCCCCUCACACGAACCAUUUGGAACAACACGGAGUGUGACCGAUUUACUGGCUGAUUCGGUAUGCUUAAACUGA